UUAGAUAGUAUCUAUCUCUUUUCGAUAAUUUCUCUGAGACUAACGAAGCAAAGUGCAUAUCAAUCAAGGACGAUAUCUAAAACAGAAUAUUCGCUGUUUUCACUGAUGCACUGCCAGUAGGAAAGGCCAACACCGGAAAGCUUCCACAAUGGUUGCAAUUUUGUUGCACAUCUGCGAGAUCAUUAGGAUCGUCUUAUUCUUGACAUAUCCGGUCGCCAAUUUCUGCCUGAACCUAGUCUACCGCCUAUUGAUGGGACCGACCAAGACACUCCCUCCAAUAGACAAUAAAAUACUUUUGAUGCCAGCAACUGAAUUGGCAGAGAAGAUAAGGAAACGGCAGCUCACUUGCAAAGACGUGAUGCGAGCGUACAUCCAACGGUCCCAACUGAUCCAUGACUCCAUCAACGCCGUGACAGACCAGAGAUACGUGGAAGCCCUGCAGGACGCUGUGGCCGUCGAUCGGUUCUUGGAGAGCGGCGAAAAGACGGAAGAACAGAUAGCGGAGGAAACACCUCUUCUAGGAGUACCUUUCUCUUGCAAAGAAGUCCUUGGAGUUAAAGGACUUGCACAGACUACAGGACUGACAAAAGCCAAAGGUCAUUUGGCCGAAGAGGACGGAGAUGCUCCUGCAAUGUACAGGAAGGCCGGUGCUAUCCCUGUCACGGUCACCAAUGUCCCCGAAAUCUGCAUGUGGUGGGAGACAGCGAAUCACGUUUAUGGAAUCACGAAGAAUCCGUUCGAUAAUAGAAGAACAGUUGGAGGAAGCACAGGUGGCGAGGCAGCUUUGCUGACCGGCGCAGGCGCUAUAAUCGGCAUCGGAACAGACAUCGGAGGAAGCAUCCGUAUUCCAUCUGCGUUCUGUGGAACUUAUGGGCAUAAACCAUCGAGAGGCAUCGUAUCCAACUGGGGAACUUUCCCUUACUGCCAAAAGUCACCGGACAAGAACGACGAUAGACCACAGCUUCACUUUGUUAGCACGGGUCCCAUGUGCCGAUAUGCUUCAGAUUUACCUUUGCUACUUAAAGUUCUUUCUGGUAACGACAAAAGGAUACGACUGAACGAAAAAGUUGAUUUUCGUAAAGUCAAAGUUUAUUACAUGAAAGGACUACCUGGAAGGUUUAACUCGGCACGACCAGACGUGCGAAAAGCAAUCAUAAAGGCAGCAAAACAUUUCGAAGAAGAAUUCGGGGUCAAACCGAUACCUCUGGACAUUAAAGAGAUGCAAUACGCCUUCGCUCUGUGGAAUGCCAAGUACCGAGAAAUCGGCGCUGGGCCAUUAAAAAAUGAACUGUGCUACGGCAAAAAAUCGGUCAACCUUUGGCUAGAAUUGGUGAAGAGUUUCUUUCGAUGUUCGGAUCAUACUUUGCCUUUGAUUUAUUUCGGAUUAUUAAAGCCUAUGGACGACAAAAGGUACCACAAGUGCCUGGAAAUGUACAAAUCACUUCAUAAGAAAUUCGAGGCCAUAUUUGAAGAAGAUGCCAUUUUCCUUUUCCCAACCCACCCGGAACCAGCACCACAUUACCUCAUGACUAUUCCUAAAUUCUUUAACGCUGGAUACACUGCUAUAUUCAAUAUUUUGGGUUAUCCUGUUACUGCAAUACCUGCAGGUUUGAGUGACGGGUUGCCCAUCAGUAUACAGGCCAUCAGUGGUCAAUUUAAAGACCACCUCACAAUAGCGGCAGCACAGGAACUGGAUAAAGUAUUCGGUGGUUGGAUCAAUCCAUGUCCAAUAAAUGUUUAAUGAAUUAUUUGUGAGAAGUGAAUUAUAUUACAAAGAAGGAAAAAUAAUUAUUAUGAAACUGUU